AAAUCGACCAAACUCUCGUAUCUGUACCUCAAUCGAGUUGCCGUUCUUACAACUACAGCCAGCAUGCCUGAACCACAGAAGCCCGCCGCCAAGAAAGGUUCCAAGAAAGCCGUCACAAAGUCAACCAACAAGGCCGGCAGGAAGAAGAAGAAGACCAGGAAGCAAUCCUACGCCAUUUAUGUCUACAAGGUACUAAAACAGGUCCACCCGGAUACCGGUAUCUCUUCGAAGGCCAUGAGCAUUAUGAACUCCUUCGUCAACGAUAUCUUCGAGCGCAUUGCUUCUGAGGCGUCUCGUCUGGCUCACUACAACAAGCGCUCCACCAUUACAUCCAGG